AUGAAUAGCCGCAUGCAGCGGGCGGCGCGGCGUCGCGUGACUGCGGGCUGCCGAGCUGAACAUUUGCAUUCUCCUGAUAGCUGCUAUCACACACCGGCUCACAUGUGCCCGGGCUUGGACGGCGAGCCGGCCGGCCUGCCGCUCAGCACCCGCAGCUCGCUCAGCCGGGCCCUGCUACUGCUGGCCCCUGGCCCCACCGCCAGGCAUCAUCUCUACACAGCCCCUAACACAGGUUCCCUCCCCCCCUCGCCGGCAGAUAGCGGCGUGUCUGACGUGGAGUCGUCCUCGUCGGGCGCCGGCUCUGCCGAAGAGCUAAAAGCUCGCCUGCAGCCGCCCCCUCCCGCGCCCUUCCACGCGCCAUUCCUGCCCUUCUACCAGCACCACCAGAUCGCCAACACGCUGCAACACCACGCCACCGCACACCCCAGACCACCAGAGAACACAGCUAGUACGGUGCGCGGUGCAGCGAGCGAUGGAGCGCCGCGCGGAGCGCCUGUAGGUGACCGCGCGGUGAACGCCCCUCCCGGAAGGUCACCUUACGAACUGCGUACGCGCAGGGAAUUCGGGGGAAGCGAGACCUAA